UAACGUUACCCUUGUUUUAUCCAUGCCCCAAUGUAAGCCUUGGGGAGAUCGUUUCCGUCGUUGUAGAUGCAGAGCUGUAGGCUACCCAUCACAGGAGCGAUCCUCUUGGCAGUGGGAGUAUGGGGGAAGUUUAUGAUCGGCCCGUAUAUCUCUCUGAUAGCUGAGAACACCACUAACGCUCCGUACGUCCUCAUCGGCACUGGGACUGUCAUCAUCGUCUUUGGCCUGUUCGGAUGCUUCGCCACCUGCAGGGGGAGCCCAUGGAUGCUCAAACUGUAUGUAAUGUUCUUGUCCCUGGUGUUCCUCGCUGAGUUGGUGGCUGGGAUCUCUGGCUUUGUUUUUCGUCAUGAGAUAAAAGGUACCUUCCUGAGGACGUAUACUGACGCCGUGUUGAAUUAUGAUGCUGAGGAUGAGAAGAGCCUGGCUGUGGACAACGUCCAAAGCAGCCUGCGUUGCUGUGGGGUGAACAACUACACCAGCUGGUUGGGCAGUGUGUACUACCCUGCUAACGGCUUUCCCCUGAGCUGCUGCUCCAACUCCUCUGACUGCAGCCCUCAGGACCUCCGCAACACCACCAUCAACCACACCAAGGUCUACCAGCAGGGCUGUUAUGAACUGGUAACCUCCUUCCUUGAGACCAACAUGGCCAUCAUCGCGGGAGUAACAUUUGGAAUUGCCUUCUCACAGUUGAUUGGCAUGUUGCUGGCCUGCUGUCUGUCCAGGAUCAUUACUGCUAAUCAGUAUGAGAUGGUGUAGCAGGGAGAGCAGGGAGAUGAAGAGGAGAGGGCGAACAGCACCUUGGUAGACUGGGACAGAAGAUCCCCACAACACUAGCACACUGCAUCACUCUCAUCACUCUCUCUCUCUCUCUCUCUCAAAAAGAAGUACCAUUCCUUAACUUGCUACUGUGCCAUGAAGGCUUUCUCACAGUACCUUCAACUCCACUGAGGGACACAGGCUGCAGGUGGAGGCUUCUAGUAAGCACUUAUGUAAAAUCAGCUUACCCUCCCCAAUGCAACAAUGACCUUGGUUAAGCAUCUAUGGGCAACUUAAUCCUGCUCCGUAUUACAAGUUUAGCCAUCUCUAACACUUUGGGUAGAAGUUGUCCUUAGGGACAGAUCUAGGAACAGGUCACCCGAAGCCUUGAUGCUAAACUUAACUAUUAGGGUGAUGAAUGGAUAUCUGACCCUGCAUCAGUGCGAAGCGCCAACAUCAUCCUGCUCCUUAGCAGUCUUCGACCCCCUAUCUCCCUGUCCUCUCACAGCACCCCCUUGUGGUUUUGCAUGCUCCAUACAGGGCCUAGCAUUUAAAAAGCAAUGCACAGAUUUGUAUGAAAUUAUUAACCCACAUUUAAAGAUAUACAGUAGCCAGCAUACACUGUAUUUUCAUAAUGUUUCUGAUCACCGCUGUAAAUACUCAAGCUACACACAUAUAGAGAAGAUAUGUUGAUAAAACAUUGAGAGAGCAUUUAGAGCUGACUUUUAGCCUUUCAUUUGCAUCCCUGCUUUUUCGCUGCUUCAUGGAUGAUAUCUCAGACUUUUGUGUCCAUAUCUAUGAUGUUAGCUUACAAUGAACUAACUGUGUAAUCAAUUUGGUCUCUGGAUGUGUAGAUGUCUUAAUAAUGAAUCAUUUAUUAUUAUAACAAUUAAUGAAUUGUGUGUGUCAAGUUUGGUUCGGAACACUGAGCUGUUCCGAUUUAAUAUAUGUGAGCGUAUGUUAUUUUAAUAUCUAUGAGCCUCGAAUUUUGUGGGAUAAAUAUAUUCUUUAUUGAUUUGAUGGAUGUUAUGUGUUUUUGUGGCACACGUUGAGAUGUAUAGGCGUAUGUUUAUUUAAUGUUAUAUUUAUAGUAUGUCUGCCUUUCUGUCUGCACACUUACAAGUGUGAGUGAGAAAGAGUUGAGGUGGUUACAUGUGGGUAGAGUCAUCUACUGGAAUAGGGUGGGAAUAGGAUGGGAAUUGGGUGGGAAUUGGGUGGGAAUUGGGUGGGAAUAGGAUGGGAAUAGGGUGGGAAUAGGGUGGGAAUUGGGUGAGAAUAGGUUGGGAAUAAGAUGAGAAUAGGGUGGGAAUAGGGUGGGAAUAGGGUGGGAAUAGGAUGGGAAUAGGAUGGGAAUAGGAUGAGAAUAGGAUGGGAAUAGGAUGGGGUUAGGGUGAGAAUAGGGUGAGAAUAGGAUGGGAAUAGGGUGAGAAUAGGAUGGGAAUAGGAUGAGAAUAGAGUGGGAAUAGGGUGGGAAUAGGAUGAGAAUAGGGUGGGAAUAGGAUGAGAAUAGGGUGAGAAUAUGAUGAGAAUAGGGUGGGAAUAGGGUGAGAAUAGGAUGGGAAUAGGAUGAGAAUAGGGUGGGAAUAGGGUGGGAAUAGGGUGGGAAUAGGGUGGGAAUAGGAUGGGAAUAGGAUGGGAAUAGGAUGGGAAUAGGGUGAGAAUAGGAUGGGAAUAGGAUGGGAAUAGGGUGAGAAUAGGAUGGGAAUAGGAUGAGAAUAGGGUGGGAAUAGGAUGAGAAUAGGGUGAGAAUAUGAUGGGAAUAGGGUGGGAAUAGGAUGGGAAUAGGAUGGGAAUAGGGUGGGAAUAGGAUGAGAAUAGGGUGGGAAUAGGAUGGGAAUAGGGUGAGAAUAGGAUGGGAAUAGGAUGGGAAUAGGAUGGGAAUAGGAUGGGAAUAGGGUGAGAAUAGGAUGGGAAUAGGGUGGGAAUAGGAUGGGAAUAGGAUGGGAAUAGGGUGAGAAUAGGAUGGGAAUAGGGUGAGAAUAGGAUGAGAAUAGGAUGGGAAUAGGAUGGGAAUAGGGUGAGAAUAGGAUGGGAAUAGGGUGAGAAUAGGAUGGGAAUAGGAUGGGAAUAGGAUGGGAAUAGGAUGGGAAUAGGGUGAGAAUAGGAUGGGAAUAGGGUGGGAAUAGGAUGGGAAUAGGAUGAGAAUAGGAUGGGAAUAGGAUGGGAAUAGGAUGAGAAUAGGAUGGGAAUAGGAUGAGAAUAGGAUGGGAAUAGGAUGGGAAUAGGAUGAGAAUAGGAUGAGAAUAGGAUGGGAAUAGGAUGGGAAUAGGAUGGGAAUAGGAUGAGAAUAGGGUGGGAAUAGGAUGGGAAUAGGAUGGGAAUAGGAUGGGAAUAGGAUGGGAAUAGGGUGAGAAUAGGAUGAGUGGGUGUUAUUUGAGAUGCAGUCAAUACUCAUAUUCUUGUAAGGCCAAUGAUAUGAUGCAACACUCAGACUGGUGUUUUAUAUGGUGUUGUGUAUGUAUGUUCAUGUCUCAAAGUCAUGAUGGAGGCAGCUGUGACCUCUCUGCUAUACAGAGGAUCUCAAACCUGUUUUUGGGGCUUUCACGUGUAUGCUGUUUUCUCUAAUCAAUCAGAUUUACAAAACUUUUUUGCAUUAAAUCCUUUUACGGAACAGGGUUGGGUACAAAUCGAAUUGAAGGCAGUCAAUUCAGGAAUUGAUUUGAAUUUAAAAUUGAAAAACUAGCUUCUCCAUUUCAGUUUAUUGAGAAGUCAUUAAAAAUAGAUGCCCUUUUUCAAUCAUUGAACUGGAAUUUCAGUUUAACUCCUGAAUUAACUGCCUUCAAUUCGAAUUGAGCACAACCCUAUUACAGGAAGGAUGGCUGGUAUUUACCUAGAAACUGCAUGGUAAAAUGGUAAUUACACGACAAUAACCUAUGGAACACAUUUUUGGGGACUAAAUUGGAGCACCACUCCAUAUACAAGGCAAAUAAUCAGGUAACUGAACCUUAAAUAAAGUGCUACUAACAACUCCCAGUGUAUUGAAAUGACUUUCCUAAAACGGAUGGAUUUAGAAAUGUGAAACUACUGAAGUGCCAAUUUGUAUUGAAAUCCAGAAACACAGGGGGUUCUCACCUCCAGCAGAGUAGAAAGACAGUUUACUGUCAUUAAGUAGAUCAUUAAAUCUAACUAAACUAACACAAAUGCAAACCUGUAGAAGACCAGUCAAUAAAUAACGCAAUCUACAGUUGCAGCAUUAAUGAAAAGAUUAACCGUUUUUUUUGUACAUAAGCCAACCUUUUUAAUAACUGCACCAGCUCCUGUAGCAUGCCAAUACAGUCUGUUCUGUUGUUGAUAUUGUAACAAUCAGUGAUAUCUGUGUUAAUAAACGAUCCUCAUAACUUUA